AUGAAGAGAUAUUGUUUAGCGCUUGACCUCAAAGACGAUCCCAAACUUAUCGAAGAGUACGAGAAGUAUCACCAGAAUGUGUGGCCAGAGAUCAAGAAGAGUAUCACCGAUUCGGGUAUCGUUGAUAUGCAAAUAUAUCGACUGAAGGACAGGAUGUUUAUGAUUAUGGAAACCGAAGAUGACUUCUCGUUUGAAAAGAAGGCACAAAUGGAUGCAAACAAUGCGAAAGUACAACAAUGGGAACAACUUAUGUGGACUUUCCAGAAGUCGUUACCAUUCGCUAAACCGGGAGAAAAGUGGAUAAUAAUGGACAGAGUUUUUAAAUUAUAA